AAGAAAAUAGAAGAAAAAACGGUAAUUUGGUAACAUGGAAUCUUGCAAGUAUUUUUCAGGCGAUGAUGACAAGGAUGUUGAAUCUUCACUCCAUUCUCCAUCCAAUAUAUAAAUAUAUUUAUGUAGAUGUAUAUACAUUUUUAUUGUUCUAAAGAAUUGAAGACAUCAUUUUCCAUACAUUAUUGUAUGAGAAAAAGGAUACCUUUUUGCUCUAUUUAUUCACACAUGAUACUCUUACCUCCCCCAUCUAAACUUCAUUUAUAUUAAGCAGAGCAGAGCACUCUCUACAAUAUAUGGGGUGGGCCAUAGCACUUCACGGCGGCGCCGGCGACAUCCCUCUUUCUCUUCCAGCGGAGCGUCGGCAGCCACGGGAGGAUGCCCUUUAUUACUGCCUCCAGAUCGGCGUUCAAGCUCUCAAAGCAGGAAAGCCUGUCUUAGACGUUGUUGAAAUUGUGGUCCGUGAACUGGAGAACAAUCCACACUUUAAUGCUGGUAGAGGCUCUGUUUUAACUUGCAAUGGCGAUGUUGAAAUGGAAGCUAGUAUUAUGGAUGGAAACACAAAGAAUUGUGGAGCAGUUUCUGGCCUCAAAACUGUUGUUAAUGCUAUAUCUUUGGCACGCUUGAUUAUGGAAAAAACUCCUCAUAUAUACCUUGCAUUUGAUGGAGCAGAAGCCUUUGCAAGAGAACAAGGUGUUGAGACUGUAGACUCAAGUUAUUUCGUUACUCCAGAAAAUAUUGAACGGCUAAAGCAAGCAAAAGAAGCCAAUAGAACGCAGCUUGAUUAUUCUGAACCAACUUCUAAAGUUGUGAACAAUGAGAACUUGGCUUCAAAUGGGGAUAGCCAAGGGACAGUUGGAUGUGUGGCUGUUGACAAUGAAGGGAAUUUAGCUUCUGCAACUUCUACAGGUGGAUUUGUCAACAAGAUGGUGGGAAGGAUUGGGGACACUCCUGUCAUAGGAGCAGGAACUUAUGCCAACAAGCUUUGUGCGGUCUCUGCCACGGGCAGAGGUGAGGCCAUAAUCCGAGGCACAGUGGCCAGGGAUGUGGCAGCUCUCAUGGAGUUUAAAGGUCUUUCUCUUGAGGAUGCUGCAGCUUAUGCCGUGGACAGUGUUCCAAAAGGCACUACUGGCCUUAUUGCUGUCUCUGCCACUGGAGAAGUCACAAUGCCUUUCAAUACAAUGGGCAUGUUCCGAGCUUGUGCUACUGAAGAUGGCUAUGAAGAGAUUGGAAUAUGGCCAAACAUCAAGAAUUGAUGAUGAUUUGACUGUUAAUGUAAUCUAACAUUUUUACUAUUUUAUAUUACUACAAUAUCUAUGAUGUCCUUUGCUUUUUGUAUCAUUAAUUAUAAUAAUAUCACGUUUUCUAUUUUUAUACGGAAAGAUUAUGGGUAUGAA